CUCGCCAUGUCUACGAGGAAGCCGGUCGAAGGCGGAAGCGCGAAGCUGGCCGGUUCCCCGGAGGCGGAGGAGCCCGAGGAGUGCGCGCCCGGCCGGGGUUUGCCGCCGCCGCCGACGUCGCCGCUGCUGCCUUGGGACCGCUUCUCGGCCUGGUUGCACUGCGUGUGCGUGGUGGGCUUCGACCUGGAGCUGGGGCAGGCUGUGGAGGUAAUAUACCCUCAGCAUGCAAAGCUUACAGAUAAAGAGAAAACCAAUAUUUGCUAUUUGUCUUUCCCAGAUUCCAAUUCAGGAUGCCUUGGAGACACACAGUUUUGUUUUAGGUUCCGGCAAUCUUCUAGCAGAAAGCUUUCGUGGCACUGUCUCCUGGACCAGUUUGACAGAGAUCUACCCAUUUGCUUGAAGAGGGAUCCUGCAUAUUAUUAUGGUUAUGUGUAUUUCAGACAAGUGCAAGACAAAGCAUUAAAAAGAGGUUACUUCCAAAAGUCUUUAGUUCUCAUCAGCAAGCUGCCUUAUAUCCACUUUUUUCAUACUGUGCUUGGACAAAUUGCACCUGAAUAUUUUGAGAAGAAUGAUCCUUAUUUGGAAGCAGCUUGCAGUGAUAUUGAUCGAUGGCCACCACCAAUCCCAGGGAAAACACUACUUUUGCCCAUUAUGGGCAUUGUAAUUAAGGUGCGAAUUCCUACAUGCCAUGACAAGCCUGGAACAACUCAAGUGUUACAGUCCACACACCAGGUGGAUACACAGGUUUCCAUUGCUUUACCUACAGUCCAUGAAGUAGAUCUCUUCAGAUGUUUCUUGCCAGUGUUCUUUCACAUCCAGAUGCUGUGGGAGCUUGUAUUGUUAGGGGAACCGCUUGUUGUCAUGGCACCAUCUCCAUCCGAGUCUUCAGAAACUGUGUUGGCACUUGUAAGCUGUAUCUCACCUUUGAAGUACUACAGUGAUUUUAGGCCUUAUUUUACAAUACAUGACAGUGAAUUCAAAGAAUAUACCACUCGUACACAAACCCCGCCUUCUGUCAUUCUGGGAGUAACAAAUCCUUUUUUUGCUAAAACACUGCAGCACUGGCCACACAUCAUCCGAAUAGGAGACCUCAAAUUGUCAGGUGAAAUUCCAAAGCAGGUGAAAGUGAAAAAGCUGAAAAACCUAAAGACUUUGGAUUCAAAACCUGGUGUUUAUACAUCUUAUAAGCCAUACUUGAACAGAGAUGAUGAAAUCAUAAAACAGUUACAAAAGGGAAUACAGCAGAAGCGCCCUGCAGAAGCCCAAAGUAUAAUCCUUCGCCGUUACUUCUUGGAACUGACUCAGAGCUUCAUUAUUCCUCUUGAACGAUAUGUAGCAAGUUUGAUGCCUUUGCAAAAGAGCAUAUCACCCUGGAAGAGUCCACCACAGUUGAAAUCAUUUAACCAAGAAGAAUUUAUGAAAACACUUGAGAAAACAGGGCCUCAGCUUACAUCUAGAUUAAAAGGAGACUGGAUAGGACUGUACCGGCAUUUUUUGAAAUCUCAUAACUUUGAUGGUUGGUUCAGGACACGUCGCAAAGAAAUGACUCAGAAGCUGGAGGCACUGCAUUUAGAAGCAUUGUGUAAUGAGGACUUGCUUCUCUGGAGUCAAGAACACACUGAAGUGGAAACAGUGGACCUAGUAUUAAAAUUAAAGGAUAAAUUGGCUGAUGGAGAAAAUUUACCAGUGAAACCUGGCACUAUGAAAAAGUUACAGAUGCACAUUGAUGCCAUUAUACUUGCACAGCCAGAAGAUUUACAGGGUAUACUGACAAAUACUGGUUCAACAUAACUAAAUUGAUUUUUAACACAACUAUACGGAUUGCAUCACACUUUUCAAACAUACACAGAAGACCGUUGGAGAAUCAAAGAACAGCAGCUGUAAAACAUAUAUUGUAAUGGAAAUAGACCAUGUUAGUAUCUCUGAAAACUUUUAAAGAUAUCCUUGACGUUCAGCUUGAACAAUAGGAGAAUCUGAAUGAUUUUUUGUCAAUUAUGUUUUAAACUAAGUGCUCUUAUUGUGAAUCUGCAUGCCUCUUGAAGGAACCCCUGCGUACAAGCCCAUAAUGCAGUGCAGGCACUGCAGAGCUUUGUUGACAUUAUGUCCAGCUGUAUGAAACUCAGGGGAAGUAAUGUUCCUGUUGGUUUCAAAGACUAUCCUACUGCAGGUAGCAGCUAGUAUCUCUCCAGCAAUUUUCUUUUCUUUUGCCUCCCCAUCCGCCAUCAAAAGGCAGUCUACUAAACACUUUCAACUUACUUAAAAUAUCAUGGGCCCGAAUUGCCGAGCAGUUGUUCAGCAAUUAGAGCACCCUGGUGAGCCAGUGUACUCCUCCUCCUCUUCUUCUUGCUCCUUUGGUUCAAAUGGUACCUGUAGUCUUUCUGCUCUCUCUGUGGUUGCUGCCGGUAGAACAUUUUGUUUAAAUCAAAGAUGGAAGUUAUUGGUUGAAUCCCAGUAGCCAUAGCUUGUCCAGUUCAGAGAUCAUGGCAGGCCACCGUUGUCUUAAUUUUGAGUUGCAGUGAGGAAGGAAUGGGACACCCGGACCCAAAAGAUUAGGACAGUUGUACUCCUAUGAGGGUGUUCUUGAUCACAUCCUCUCUUAACAGUCCGCAAAGUGAGCAGAUGGCUUGAGCUGUUUACAGUACAAUGGUCCCUAAACUAUUUAUAUAAUAGAUACUGAUUAAUUUAAGUAUCAAAUAAUAAAUACAUUGACUUAUGCUUUUUAUUCAGAUCGUCUGGUUUUUACUAGUUAUUCGAAAUGAAAACAAUCAGUAUAAAUUCCUUGGGAGAAAUUUGUCUUGAUUCUCCCACCAACCAGCAUAUGUACUUUCAAAAAUUUAGAAUCAGAUUAAAUACAGUCUUAUUAUACAUCUGAAAUGUAUCUGAUCAUGUUCAAUUCAUAUUUUAAUUUCUACUGUACUAAAAUAAAUAACUAAAACUUUUUAUAAAAUGGUGAAGUUCCUUCUAGAAUAUCUCCACUUCUCAUUUCUUCUAAACCUCUCCUCAAAAUUUACUUUUUUGGGAUGGCUUUGGAUCACCCCAUAGUUCAUAUACUUUAUUGUAACUCAGCCAAAGUAUGUGUAAUUGAAAUAGUGGUGUAUUUUUCCCAUGCUUCCCAUUUCCCUUGUGUUCCUUUGUCUAUGUGUUUAUUUUACAGUCCCUUAGAAUAAACAUCUGCCAUACUAUUUCUUUGUAAAGAGCCAUGAACAGCGAUGGUACUAUAUAAAUAACAAUAAACAAUAGUGAUAAUUCAAAAAAAUAUCCAUAGGCCAUGCUGUUAAGAUUUUUACAAUAGAGCAGACUUCUAUAUUGAAACAUAUAUGUGUCAUGAGGGAACAGAAAAGAUGUGUACCCAUCUCUUGUGACAUCAUUAAUAAAUGUUUGGAGACAGGGUUUCCUCAUGUUACAUUUUUAAAAUUGGGCCACCCAUCCACCUUACAUGUGAAAAAAUGGGAGUUUCUUUUUCAUGCACUGUUUCAAAUACAUGGGGCUGACCUGAAACAACAAGCUAUGUCUUUUUGAUUUUAGUGUGCUGGCUUAAUACCAAUUUACUCCAAAAUAACAUCUAUCCCAUACUUGCUGUGGGAACAUUAACUAGCAUUAAACUGUUGUCUGUCCCAAUUUUAUAAAGCUUUGUCAUGUUUUAUUUUAAUUGCUUUUAAUAUACAAAGAAGAAAGAGGCUGUCUACUUGUCUGGAGAGUUUUUUCAGAUCACAACAAUAUGUAUAUUAAAAGCAUGCAUUAAUGAGCCAUUUCUCAUUAGCAAUGAAUCAUUGUAACUAAAUGUGUAACAAUUCUAGAACCCAAGAAUUGUAUAAUAAGAUUUGGAGGAAUCGUUCCAAGCACAUUAUACCAGCUCUACUGUGUAUCAGUAUUGUGUAUAUUACCACAAGGAAUGUAAAUGGAAAAGAGGGGCCAAGAGUGUAAGAGUGAUCAGUAAGAAGGCGUCUUGUGAUAUCUUAGAGUUUUAUUUGGCAGAAGUUGGCUACAGGUUAAUGAAAGCUUAUGCUGCAUAAAACUUUUUGGUUUUUUAAAAGUGCCACAACGCUGUUCUCACUACAGUAGAUAAAUGCAGGUAGCCUCCAGGAAAUGUCUGCUGUUUUACUAAACAUUUGCUUCAUUUGGAGAAAUGCAUUGUUGUGAAAAAUUGCCUUUGUAUGAUAUUUUGUACCAAUAUUUAGAGUCCUUAAUUUUAGCUAUAAACUGUCAUUUGUAUUUUUAAGAUGUAUUUUUAAUACUCAUAUGAAUUCCAAAUCAGAAGCUGAAAUUAAAAACUGACUUCUGCAAUUAUGCCACUAUUGCAUUAAUAUCUAACACAUAUUGUUUUGCACAGCUGAUAUUAUGUUUAAAAUGAGGCCACUAAAUCUUCAUUAUCUGAAGUGUUGCCUAGUACAUCUGAAUUAGCUACAUUAGCUUAUUUUUAAA